UCAAAUCCCGGAAGUAACUUCUGUUACGGAGUAGUACAACUGUUCUGAAAUCAAGGGGACCGUUUUCCUGGAGAAUAAACGACACGACUACAAAGUCAGCUAGAUCUUGUCCCGUGCCGUUUGUGUGCUUACUAAAUUCAUUUUUAUAUCUUGGGACGUUUUCCUGUCUGCAUUUUCAUUUUGUCGUUUUGCAGACAUGGCUUGAGCCGGAUAAGUCUUGGACUCAAAAUGUGAUAUUAGCAGCUGACCGAAACUAAAAGACUUCCUCAAUUGUCGUCCCAGGCCCAGACCCGAGAGGAUGUCCGUGAUGUGCAUUGUGUGAAAUUCCGGUAAACACUGCUAUACACUACGCCCACAUUUUGAUGUGUACAGUUUGUGAAGCUAAUUAUUGUUUAUAAUGCCAACUGGAAUGAUGAAGGACCCAGACAGGACUAGCACGAUGUCGACCGCUAGCUAUGGACGUACCCUGCCGACCACUCCAAAGAAAAACACAGACGCUAAUAUAAAAAAGGUGGCUGUGACAAUGCCAGAGAGAGACACAGCUGGAGGUCAGCUGAUCGAGUUUGAUCAGAAACGUCCACUUGAGUCUAUAAUUCAAGAGAUCUGUGAAAGAUGGAAUCUUCAAGAUCCAUCCACCUAUGCACUGAGAUUUAAUGAGCCUGAUCAAAAAUUGUACAUUACUGAAAAGAAUCGCAAGGACAUAAGAGAUGGUCAAGUUUUGAAUUUGACCCCAUCUGCUGCUCAAACUGCUGAAAGAAUCAAGUCUGCCCUGAGUGGGUCGAGACUGGAAGAUAAGAAUGCAGCUUUACGUCAGUUGUCCUUCCUUGCCUCUGAUAUCACUUUUGCUGAGGAGUUUGUCAAAAUACGGGGCCAUCAGAUUGUCAUAGACAUCCUUACAACAGGCAAUUUCAAAGGAGAUUCGCUGGCUUACACACUGAAAUCUUUUGUCUGCCUGAUGGAGCACAGCAUCUUGUCUUGGGAUAUAUUGGAGCCGGAGUUUAUCAAACGGGUAGCGGACUGUGUCAAUGUGUCAGCUCAUCAUCUUGACACCUCGUGUCUCCAGUCAGCCUUGGACAUCUUGGAGUCUGUCGUCUUGCACUGCACAAAUCGACAAAGUGUUGUGGAGCAAGUGGUGACCCCGGUGAAUGUCAUUCCCCAUUUAGAAAGCUCCAGUCCAGAGGUGCAGAAGAACGCUAUAGCCUUAAUCAACGCCUUGUUCACGAGAGCUGAUGAGAUGAAAAGAAAGAAAAUUGCAGAGAGUUUGCAGUCUAAAAGUAUGAGAAAUGUCAUUUUGAGUAAUGUGAUCCGGGGUCAGAUUGUGGGAGCUGGCAUGGCUCAUGAGCUGUACGUGCUGCAGAUGUUGCUGCUUAAUUUGAAUGAGGACAGAAUGAGGAUGGGAGUGGAUCCGCAUGACCAGAUGGUACUGCGGGAAAUUGAAGAGCUGCGAAGGAUUGCAUUUGAUGUUGACCCCAACAUCAACUCUGUACGAAAGUCUCAAAAUGCAGCUGAGGACUACAAGAAGCUGGGGUUUGAGAAAGCAGAAUCACCGGUGGAGGACUUUGCUGCGGUUCCUCCUGGCUUGUUGGCUCUGGAUGUGAUGCUGUACUUUGCCAGGAACCACUGGGAGAACUAUGUCAAGGUGGUGUUGGAGAAUUCCACAAGGGUUGAUGAACACGUUUGUCCGUUUGUUCAGGCCAGCAAGAGGUUGACCCAGAUUCUGUGCGAAGUUCUGCAUAUUGGAGAUCAGCCUUCUGAAAAUGGAGAUACGUACUACGUCAUGUUUUUCUCCCAUGACAAGCCAUUUGAGGAGUUUUUCAGCAUUAGCAUUCAGCUUUUGAACAAGACUUGGCGGGAGAUGAAAGCUACCACCCAAGAUUUUGCCAAGGUUCUGGAGGUAGUGAGGGAGCAGAUAACCCGAAGUCUUGACCUGCUACCGUCGUCAUUUGAGACAUUCCGCUCCAAGGUCAACUCACUCACCUACAAUGAGAUCAGCAAAAUCAGGGAGAACGAGCGGCGAGAAAAGGAGGGCCAAGGUGCCCAGCUUAAGCCAAUCAUAGAGCUGAGAGAACAAAUAGCGCCAGAGAUCAGAGAGCUGGUUCAGCAACAACGUCUCAACUACCUCAUGGCUGGGACUCGGUUUGCUAAGUACACCAAGGAUGGAAAGUGCAAAGACAAGUUUUGGUACUGGAUGUUGUCUCAUAAUUGCAAGGCUCUUCACUAUGGAGAUUGCAGGGAACAAGAUACACCCACUUUGGAGCAGUUGACGAAUAAAUUGCCCCUGGCAGAUAUCCAGAAGCUGGUGACAGGCAGAGAGUGCCCACAUGUCAAUGUCAGGGACAGAGGCCGCAGAUUUCAGGUAACGGCAUUCAAGGUGGCUUUCUGUUUGAAACCUGAAUUGGAGAAGGACCCGUUUUGUUUCAUGGCCAGCUCAGAAAAUGAAUUUGACCUGUGGACAGAUGGACUGAAUUAUCUGUUAGGGAAUGAGAUGGUGAGCUCUCAAGUUAAAAAAGACGAAGAAAUUCUCUUGUCUAUGGAGAUCAAAAUGAGAAUGUUGGACACGGAGGGUGUGGCGAUACCUGCGGAAGCUCCGGCUAUCCCUCCCCCACCUAUCAACUAUAACUUUGCCUACCUCAACUUGUGACCUCCGUGUCUCUCUCUCGGUGAUACCAGGACAAGAGGAGGAUAAUACUGUGCCAUGAGAUGUUUAACUAGGAUUAAAAGCAUGACAGGAGACAGU